GAGCGAGCCUUUGAACAGGUUUCCUCGGCCGCCCGGUGGACAGCCGAGCCUGAUGCUGUGAUUAUCAUGAGUCCCGCGGGCUGCCCCCAUGUCAGCUGCUUCAAAGUGGACAACUGGAAGCAAAACCUGAGGGCUAUUUAUCAGUGUUUCGUAUGGAGCGGUUCGGCCGAGACCAGGAAACGCAAGGCCAAGUCAUGCAUCUGCCACAUGUGCGGCGCUCACCUCAGCAGACUCCACUCCUGCCUCUACUGCGUUUUCUUCGCCUGCUUUGCAAAAAAACACAUCCAUGAGCAUGCCAAGAGCAAACGACAUAACCUAGCUAUUGACUUGCUCUAUGGGGGGAUUUACUGCUUCAUGUGCCAAGACUACAUUUACGACAAAGACAUGGAACAGAUUGCCAAAGAGGAGCAAAGGAAAGCCUGGAAAAUGCAAGGCGUAGGUGAGAAGUACUUGUCAUGGGAGCCCACCAAGAGGGAGCUGGAGCUUCUCCGCCACAAUCCCAAGAGGAGGAGAAUCACCUCCAACUGUACUAUUGGUCUACGCGGUCUGAUCAACCUCGGCAACACGUGCUUUAUGAACUGCAUUGUCCAGGCGCUAACGCACACGCCGCUGCUGCGGGACUUCUUCCUGUCUGACCGACACAAAUGUGAAAUGCAGAGCAACUCUUGCUUAGUGUGUGAGAUGUCACAGCUCUUCCAGGAGUUCUACUCAGGCCAUCGUUCACCGCACAUCCCGUUCCGGCUGCUCCACCUGGUGUGGACUCAUGCCCGUCACCUGGCUGGCUACGAGCAGCAGGACGCACACGAGUUCCUCAUUGCUGCGCUGGACGUGCUGCACAGGCACUGCAAAGAUGACAACGGGAAAAAAGCCAACAACCCAAACCAUUGUAACUGCAUCAUUGACCAAAUCUUCACAGGAGGCCUGCAGUCUGAUGUCACCUGCCAAGUCUGCCACGGUGUGUCAACAACCAUCGACCCGUUCUGGGACAUCAGCCUGGACCUGCCGGGCUCCUCUACUCCUUUCUGGCCGCUAAGUCCCGGCGGCGGAGGUGGCUCAACACUAAAUGGAGAGAGUCACGCCACUGGCGCCACUACACUGACAGACUGCCUACGAAGGUUCACCAGACCGGAGCACCUCGGCAGCAGCGCAAAGAUCAAGUGCAGCGGUUGCCAUAGUUACCAGGAGUCCACCAAGCAACUGACCAUGAAAAAGUUGCCCAUCGUGGCCUGCUUUCACCUCAAACGAUUUGAACAUUCUGCCAAGCUACGGAGGAAGAUAACAACUUAUGUCUCUUUCCCUUUGGAGCUGGAUAUGACACCAUUUAUGGCCUCCAGUAAAGAGAGCCGGAUGAACGGCCAGUACCAGCAGACUGUGGAGCCCUUCAACGACGACAACAAAUACAGCCUUUUUGCUGUGGUUAACCACCAGGGAACACUAGAGAGUGGCCACUACACCACCUUCAUCAGGCAGCAUAAGGACCAGUGGUUCAAAUGUGACGACGCUAUCAUCACCAAGGCCAGCAUGGAGGCCGUACUGGACAGUGAAGGGUACCUUUUGUUUUACCACAAACAAUUCCUGGAGUAUGAAUAGCGCAGCCCUCAUCACAACGCAUUUGAACCCUAACGCACUACUGCAAGUCGCAAAACAUUUCCACUGGAAUUCAGGACGCACACAACAACAACAACAACAACAACAACAACAACAACAACAACAACAACAAUCUGCUGCUUGUAAACCUGCCAAGCCAGUCUGCAUGCUGCUGGAGGUUAGAACUGACUGGUAGCCAUCGUCAUUUUCGACUCCUCCCUGCCUUUCUCUUUUACAGACACACAGAAGCAAAGAGGUAUGCGGGGCAUUUAUUCAUAAAUCAUUCUGAAGCAGGGAUGGGGGGGGGGACUUAUUGUUGAUGGGAUCUGGGCUGCUAUGCAAAAACUCAUGAAAUGUCAGAGGGACUUUUGAUUGUAGAACUUGUAA